AUGUCUUUGACGAAGUUUGUGAAUAAGAAAGUGCUUAAAAAUGUUAUAGUAAUGUUGAAGAAUGGCGAUCACCUGUCGAUUGAAUUUGAUUCUAAUGAUGACUGUGAAACAUAUAUCAUAACAAACCCAAUUGCGUUCUUAAAAUAUAUAUCAGAUGUAUUAUUAAGAGAAUAUAAGGAGAAGUAUGUCAUUGUACUGAUGACAGAGUUUCCUCAGCUAUUAAGAGUUUUGAAAUAUCUUCAUGAGAAAGUUACAGAGGGCAAGGAUAUAUAUCAACUAGACUUUACGAAACAAUACAAUCGUCACUUACAGUCAGAUGAAGUUAAUCAAAUCAACUUAACACCAGAUAUUGGUCAUGGAGACAAACCAUUUUCAUUUGAGUUAGUCGUUGUUAUAGACCCACAUUCUUUGACAUUAGACAAGACUAAUCAUACCACCACAAAUAAUAACACAAGUAUAAUAUUAUCAACGGUCGAUAGUAUUUACAUACAUCAAUAUUCAAGGUACUUUACCCUCAAGCAUGGAGGAAGAUUUGUCAUUGUGAAUGAUUUGGACGUAUUAACCAAAGAGUCAGCACAUCUGUUCAUUAAGUACGUGCAUGCUUUAUCAGAAGCACAACCAAUAUUCGAAUCAUCAAAGAAGAAGAUAUUUAAUCAAGACUUCAUUAUUAAUUUAUUUAUUCCUAAAGCUUGGGAUUCAUGGAAUAAAAUCUCAUUGAUCUCAAAGUCAAGUGUAUUCCAUGAUAAUAAUACAUUAUUGAAUAAUGUUGAAAUCAUUCAACAAUUAGAUCAAAGUUACAAUCGAUUCUUAUCAUUUGACAAUAUGGAAUCUAAUUUCAAAUUUGAAGAUUAUCCUCUAUUAUCAUUCAAACAAUCAAAUACAAUAUCAACACCUCCAACUAUUACCAUCCAACAAAGAUUAUCAUUUCAUGAUCUACUAAACCAAGCAUUGCAAUAA